AUGAAGAUUCCUGUGUCAAAUGACACGCGUGAUUUGCUUUUGGCCACUGUCAGUGAGGACUCCACUGCCUCUCAGAUCCAUCAGUCUGUGAGUGCUCUCAGCGCUCUUGGGUUACCUCUGGCCUCACAGGAAGUGGUCAGUGCCCUGAAAGCUCGCAUCUCCAAAGAGGAUAAUGUCUUGGCAAUCAUUUUGGCACUGCUGACUGCGUCUCGUCUCUCUCAGCAAGCUGAGCUUGGAGAUAUCCUGGAGGAGAUUGAGGAUCUCGCUGCCCGUUUAGAUGAUCUGGGCGGAGUGUAUCUUCAGUUUGAGGAGGGGCUGGAGGCCACAGCAUUGUUUGUUUCUGCUGCGUAUUCCCUGUCCGAUCAUGUGGACAUGGAGCCCCCCCUGAAAGAGGAUCAGGUAAUCCAGCUAGUGAACUCCAUCUUCAGUAAGAAGUCUUGGGACUCUCUCUCAGAGGCAUUCAGUGUGGCUAGCGCGGCUGCAUCGCUUUCCAACAAUCACUUCCAUGUGCCUGUCAUUGUCAGUGCCCAGGGCCCUGCUGCUGUAUCCCACAGCCAUCCCUUCCUCCGGCUUCAGGUGACGGAUGUCCUUUGCCAGCCCCUCAGUUCAGCAAGUGUGCUGGCGGAGUCGGCCAGUGCUGUGUCCUCAAAAUCUGCCGUCCUAAGCCAGGCACUCUUCACCCUCAGAGAUGGAGUUUUUGAGCUGAAUUUCAUGGCCAGCCAACCAGCGAGUGGCUACUAUCAGUUCUCUGUUGCCAUUGCUGGUGACAGCCGAUUUGUUGCCAACCAUGUUGAGCUCAAAGUAAAGGUCUCUACCAGAGUUGCCAUCAACAACAUGGAUUUGUCUGUCGUGGACAAGGACCAGAGUAUUGGCCCCAAAACCACCAGAGUUGAAUAUCCAACUAAAGCCAAAGCAUCUUUUAUGGCAGAUGGCCAUCAAAACUUUGCCAUGACGUUCCAGUUAGUGGAUGAGACCACGGGAGUGGAACUCACCCCUCACCAGACCUUUGUGAGGUUACACAACCAGAAGACAGGUCAGGAGGUCGUGUUUGUGGCUGAACCUGACAGUAAGAAUUUGUAUAAGUUUGAGCUGGACACCGCUGAGAGAAAGACAGAGUUUGACUCCAUCUCUGGCACCUAUGCUCUUUACCUGAUGGUGGGAGACGCUACGCUGGAGAACCCCAUUUUGUGGAACGUGGCUGACGUUGUGCUGAAGUUCUUAGAUGAAGAGGCACCUGGAACAAUUCAGGCUAAAACUUUGUAUGUGCCCAAACCAGAAAUCCCGCAUCUUUUCAGAGAGCCAGAGAAGAAGCCACCCACAGCUGUAUCCAAUACAUUUACUGCCUUGGUCCUCUCUCCAUUUCUGCUCCUGCUUAUACUGUGGUUUAAACUAGGAGCCAAUAUCUCAAACUUCACACUGUCACCCAGCACUAUUCUCUUCCACAUAGGCCAUGCCGCUACGUUGGGUCUAAUGUACGUGUACUGGACUCACUUGAACAUGUUCCAGACUCUGAAGUAUUUGGCUAUCAUAGGCAGCCUCACAUUCCUGGCUGGGAACCGCAUGCUAGCACAAAAAGCUGUGAAAAGACUUGAUGGAAAAUGAUGCUGGUAAAAUCGAGAAGACCAUGGAUGUUUCAUAUUCAUGUUUUUUCUUUUUUAUGAAAUUUGGGAACAGAAGUAUUGGUGGUGGUUUAAAAGAGAAACAAAGAUGCAGGCCGGAAUGUUCUGGAAUUUUCAAAAAUACAAAUUGAAUUUGACAAUUAAGAAACAUGCAGUUUUCUUUUUUUGACAACAAAUCACUUUCAGAUGAAUACGUUGAGGAUAUGAUGAUUGUUGCUUGUACAUUGAAUUGUGUUUGGUAAUUCAAAUGAAAGUUUGUGAUAUUCUACUGCUGUUUCCUGUUUUUGGAAGGAUGUUCAUUUGAUUGUUUUUGAAUACAGAUUCCUGUCCUCAGAUUUUUGUAAUGAAUGGUGAAGUAUGUUCCUGUUUGAGGACUUUUUUUUUUUUUUUUACUUUGUCAUACCAUCAGAGCAAGAGGUUUUGUUUGUCAUCAACUGAACAGAAAUGUGGAAUCAUUCUUCCAGUCAUCACCACACAGAUGGCUAACACAAUGUUUUUUAAAAUAAAUAAAACGAUUAAAACA